UCCACUGCAGCGGGGGCUCCUGUGUCCUUGUGCGGAAAUGACACACGGAGUCCCGUCACGUCACGCGAGAGCGCAGCGCACGGACACACACAAAGAGAGGGGAAAAUACACGGCGCCCGCCGCCCCCAGCAACUCCUCGGGCCGCCCUGGCCUGGCUCUCCGCGCGCGGUCCCCACUCCCCGGCCCCGCGCCCUCCCCCCACGUGGCGCCCAAACUCGGCGCGGGCCCGCUCUGCAAAGUACAGAACUCGUGUCCCAGUGGAAUAGAAGAUGAACUCAACUGAAUUCAGUGAAGAUGUAGAAGAAGUUCUAAAAAAUAACACUGUGAAAGUGGAGAUAGAGGCUGAAGAUGCUGCCCUGGACUGCUCAGUGAAUUCCAGGACUUCUGAGAAGCACCCUCUGGAGAGCAUCUUCACUGUCCUUCAGGACUCCAGCAAACGGAAGCAGCCAGGCAGUGAGGUCCAGCCAGACUCUGUCUCCAGCGUGAAGAGGAGGCGUCUGAUACCUGAGGCAUUGCUAGCAGGCAUGCGGAACCGUGAGAACAGCUCGCCUUGCCCGGGCAAUGGAGAGCAGGCUGGCAGGGCCAGGAACUCAGGCUCUGUGUGGCUGGGUGAGGACGAGCCCUGCAGUGACACCACCACCCCUUCCUACAAGAAGCCUCUUUACGGCAUCUCACACAAAAUCAUGGAGAAGAAGAACCCUCCCUCAGGGGACCUGCUCAACACCUAUGAGCUCUUUGAGAAGGCAAACCCCAGUAACAGCCCCUCUCCAUUGCGGCUCCUGAAUGAGCCUCAGAAACGGGAUUGUGGCAGCACAGGGACAGCCUCAGACGGCGACCCCAACAUCUACUUCCUGAUCCAGAAGAUGUUCUACAUGCUCAACACUCUCACAUCCAACAUGUCCCAGCUGCACAGCAAAGUGGACCUCCUCUCUCUUGAGGUGAGUCGCAUCAAGAAGCAGGUGAGCCCCUCUGAGUUGGUGGCCAAAUUCCAGCCGCCCCCUGAGUACCAGCUUACGGCGGCAGAGCUGAAGCAGAUCGUGGACCAGAGCCUGUCCGGCGGGGACCUGGCCUGCCGCCUGCUGGUGCAGCUCUUUCCGGAGCUCUUCAACGACGUGGACUUCUCCCGCGGCUGCAGCGCCUGCGGCUUCGCGGCCAAGCGGAAGCUGGAGUCACUGCACCUGCAGCUCAUCCGCAAUUACGUGGAGGUCUACUACCCCUCAGUGAAGGACACCGCCGUGUGGCAGGCCGAGUGCUUGCCUCAGCUGAACGACUUCUUCAGCCGCUUCUGGGCCCAGCGGGAAAUGGAGGACAGCCAGCCCAGCGGCCAGGUCACGAGCUUCUUCGAGGCCGAGCAGGUGGACACUGGCCACUUCCUGGACACCAAAGACCAGGAAGAGGCCCUGUCCUUGGACCGGAGCAGCACCAUCGCGUCGGACCAUGUGGUGGACACGCAGGACCUGACCGAGUUCCUGGACGAAGCCUCCUCCCCCGGGGAGUUCGCCGUCUUCCUCCUCCACCGGCUCUUCCCCGAGCUCUUUGACCACCGGAAGCUGGGCGAGCAGUACAGCUGCUACGGGGACGGCGGCAAGCAGGAGCUGGACACGCAGCGGCUGCAGAUCAUCCGCAACUACACGGAGAUCUACUUCCCCGACAUGCAGGAGGAGGCGGCCUGGCUGCAGCAGUGUGCCCAGCGUAUCAACGACGAGCUCGAAGGCCUGGGGGUGGACGCGGGCAGCGAGGGCGAGCCCACGCGUGACGACUGCUACGACUCGUCCAGCCUGCCCGACGACAUCUCUGUGGUCAAGGUGGAGGACAGCUUCGAGGGCGAGCGGCCAGGCCGGCGCUCCAAGAAGAUCUGGCUGGUGCCCAUCGACUUCGACAAGCUGGAGAUCCCGCAGCCUGACUUCGAGGUGCCGGGCGCCGACUGCCUGCUGAGCAGGGAGCAGCUGCGCAGCAUCUACGAGAGCAGCCUGUCCAUCGGCAACUUCGCCUCGCGCCUGCUGGUGCACCUGUUCCCCGAGCUCUUCACGCACGAGAACUUGCGCAAACAGUACAACUGCAGCGGGUCCCUGGGCAAGAAGCAGCUGGACCCGGCCCGCAUCCGGCUCAUCCGCCACUACGUGCAGCUGCUGUACCCGCGCGCCAAGAACGACCGCGUGUGGACUCUGGAGUUCGUGGGCAAGCUGGACGAGCGCUGCCGGCGCCGGGACACGGAGCAGAGGCGCUCCUACCAGCAGCAGCGCAAGGUCCACGCGCCGGGCCCCGAGUGCAGAGACCUGGCCAGCUAUGCCGUCAACCCCGAGAGGUUCCGAGAGGAGUUUGAGGGCCCCCCGCUGCCCCCCGAGAGGAGCAGCAAGGACUUCUGCAAGAUUCCCCUGGACGAGCUGGUGGUGCCCGCGCCCGACUUCCCGGUGCCUUCGCCCUACCUGCUCUCGGACAAGGAGGUGCGCGAGGUGGUGCAGCAGAGCCUCUCCGUGGGCAACUUCGCCGCGCGCCUCCUGGUGCGGCUCUUCCCGGAGCUCUUCACCGCCGAGAACCUGCGGCUGCAGUACAACCAUUCCGGGGCCUGCAACAAGAAGCAGCUGGACCCGACGCGGCUGCGGCUCAUCCGCCACUACGUGGAGGCCGUGUACCCCGUGGAGAAGAUGGAGGAGGUGUGGCACUACGAAUGUAUCCCCAGCAUAGACGAACGGUGUCGCCGCCCCAACAGGAAGAAAUGCGACAUCCUCAAGAAAGCCAAGAAAGUGGAGAAGUGACGAGCCCUGGGCCACCCAGGGAUUCGGGGUCACAGGCUGAGCGAUGGGCACCCUUAGGACUGCGCGUUACCCGGGAGCACGCAGAUGGUAUCCAUGGACGGGCACCUUAGGGCAGUGGGCAGUGGCUUACUACAUUUGCACACGCGGGCACCCACCAGCCACAGGAGAGAAGCCUCCAACUGGUUUCUCACACUUAGGAUCUAUGUCCUGUGUUCCUGGUGGUGCCGCCUGAGCUGGGAGAGCCAGAUGGGGGAGCGGGGUUCACUCCCUGGUGGUGCUGCCCCAACCCCUCAGAACUUAAAAUGCAAACUCAGCAACUCUCAUGUUCCUCUUCCCACAUUUCACACCUUCCAUUUUUAUCCUUUUUUUAAUUAAAAAGAAAUUAAAAUUGAUUUUUUUAAUUAAAAAGAAAUGGGGGCCAUUUUACUUAGAAAAAAAGUCUUUAAAAGUGCCCUGUUCGUGCACGAUGGCUAAUCAUAGAUUUAAGUGGCAUAGAGACUUAUUUUACUGACCAUGUCUUUUAUGUCUGAUUUUAGAAGAUUCAAGAUGCCCCUAGCAUGGCAGUGGAGGGACUGGAAUGGUGUGAAGUCUUUUGCAGCCAUCUCUGAGUUUCCCUCUCUGCUGUGAUGCCCAGGAAGGCUUCCGAGGUGUGGCUUGGCCUGUGACCAUUGCCACCUGGAUGGAGCGUUGUACUCUGUAGACAGAACACUGGAUGAUAACUGAUAUGAAUGUCCACAAACAUGGAAACAUGUUCGCAAUGUCCUCAUUUGAUCUGUGUCCUGCCACUGCCCCCGUUCCCUCUCUAUGCGUGGUUGCUGGUUGGUGGGAGCAGACAUGUUGCCUUGGAAAAGUGUGGGGCAUUCGGCUUCCUGUUUGAUUUGAGGCUGGGCCUCUAUGGGCUCACUAAGAACUUUACUUUCUGAGUGUGUUUGUACAAGAUCUGAGUUCUGGGAGUUGUGCAGUGACCUCCCCAGACCUCAGUGUCAGCUCUUCCCUGCAGCAGCCAUCCUGUUCCUCAGGCCGGUCCUACCUUUGGGGCCCUCUUGGGAUACUUGGCAUUGGGAGGACACAGGCCAUCUCAAUGGGACUCCCAUGUUCCUUCCUGGGGUCCACUCAGAACUUUCCCCUUGGACCCCAUAGAACAGUGGUUCUCAACCUUCCUAAUGCUGCGACCCUUUAAUAUGGUUCCUUAUGUUGUGGUGACCCCCAACCAUAAGAUUAUUUUCAUUGCUACUUCAUAACUGUAAUUUUGCUACUGUUAUGAAUCGUAAAGUAAAUAUCUGAUAUGCAGGAUGUAUUUUCAUUGUUACAAAGGGGUCUCAACCUACAGGUUGAGAACCGCUGCCUUCGAAGUUCCUGCUAUCCUACACCUGGCCCAUCCCUUGGCUUUGGGGUGCACAUCUCUUCUCUCCCCACUGAUUGGGAAGGUCAGAUUACUCCAGGCCAACAGCAUGCUGUCCAACCAGGGCAUUUCCCAACAGGUAAAGUCCUUAAAAACGAUGCUUUUACCUAGCUAACUGUGGUGGCCAGAUGCCUAAGAGGGAAAGGAAACUGACACAAAGUGCGUAGGUACUGCGAGAGCCCCAGAAAAUUAACUGCAUCACACAGGGUAGUCUUAAAACCCUUGUGGAAUGUUACAGAUUUAAUAACCUAAUGGCUUAAUAUUUGCUACCUUAAAAUGCAGAGAUAACAGGAACAAUCUGUGAAUUUUCUUCAUACAGCUGAGAAGGACUUCCGUUCUGGUGGGCGUAGGGCAUAAUUUUGCCUGUACCCAGUGGGCAUGUUUUUAAUAAGACAUAGGGUUUAUGAGCAAUGUAAAGUUGCUGAUAUAACUUUAGUAAAUUUGCUUUCAGAUGUCACAGAUUAUUACGUUGAAACUGCAAACCUAAAUUAUUGAAAUUUAGAAAUGCACAGGGACUUAAUGACUCUUUCUGCCACACACCCACACAUGCGCACACACUUCCUACUAAAAAAAUGAAGUGAGAUAAAGGGGACCUACAUGAAUAGGAAGUUCAACUUCUUUGUGCCUGGAAAGAAGAAGGGACUGGAUCAGCCAGGACACUCACCUUCCCCCGUCCCUUGGGCUUUCUCUGUGCCUUAGUCUCUCCAGCACACGCACGCCACUCGCACACACGCACCCUACCCAAAGAUGGCUGUGGCACCCUCUUGCCAGCCCUGCUGGUUGGGAGGGUCCCGUGGAAUUUGUUCUGGUGUCCAGGAUGUAUCCAAGAGGAUUCCAAGCCAUGUAGAAAUUGCCCUGCUUCCUAGAGGGUGGAAUGUGACCCUUCAACUUUAGAAGCACAAUCACUUAGUAGUAAUUUUUUUUUUAAACUCCAAUCUUUCUGCUUUAGAGAAAUCAAUAGGUUGUAGGGAUUAAAUACGUUCCUUUUUUGGAACCAUAUUUUGGUGGUUUUCUUAAUCCCUUUGUGUUUAGGGCUUCUUCCCUUGGAAUCUCACAGUCCCUUUUUCAGUGAAGAGAGGUGGAUGUGGAUACACUGGGAGCUGUUUCCUGUCACUCUGGACGUCAUCAGGAAACGCCCGCAGGCCCCGUGUUACGUCUGUGUGGGGUCAUCACCUGUUCCUCACAGGUGGCUCCAGUGGGUGUUUUUUUUACAUGAAGCAAUAGAAGUACAAAAGAAGACUUAUUUUUUCAAAAUUUAAUGUGGUCUGUGAAAUCUGUUGGCAACCCUUUUCCUUCUCCCCACCCCGCAAUCUAAAUUCUUUGGUUUUUACUUGUGUUUUGGAAUUUUUUUUUUUUUGGCCUUGUUUCUCAAGGACUAAAAAAUUAGCACACAUUUUGAUGUUAAGUGAGUAGGUGGUAGUCUUCAUCAUUUUCUCUGUUAGUCAGUUUUUAAAGAAUGUAUGAAGAUAGUCGUGAAUGUACUGAGUGCUGGAAUCCUGCUUCAGUUCACCUUGGCUGUGUCUACAUGACCACAAACAGGGAAUAAAGUCAGGUCUAGUGUCACUAGCGCUCCUGUGCCCCUCUCUCUUCCCUGGGUUUUGGCCCCAAGCCUUUCUUUCCUUUUAAGUUUGGGGGAGGAGUAGCGCAUCAGCUGCAUUCAUCAGCCAGCCCAUGGGAUCUCCUGAGUGGUGAAUUGGGUGGCCUGACCACGCACCACCCGUGGCCACCUGGGUUCCUCUAGAGGUGGCCUCAGUUGCCAUAGUUCCUCCCCCAACGUUUGCUUCUCGCCCAGGGAGGGGGCCGUCGUGCUCGCUCUGCCUGGCUGUGUAGAUAGACUGUGUAGAUACACUGAAGUGGGGGUGGGGACCGGGCUGUCACCGCUACUUGGAACUGCUCGCCUCUCCAGAUCCAGCCUUAAUGUUUUUCUGACAUCCUAGUACUAGCAGAGCCUGCACAAAGUGGAUAUCAGAGUCAAUACUGUGAGGAGACAAAAUAAGAGAAUAGUUUUACCAAAGAUAAUGAAAUACCACAUAAUGUCUGCAUUUUACCAUUGAUUUGAGUGCAUCCUUAGAAAACUGAAUGUAACAAAAACCCAGGACGUUUUUGGAAAUUGUAUGCUCUCUAGCAACUUUGUGUGAAUUUUUAUACAAGCACUGUUUUAUGAGUUAUAUAAAAUCUUAUAAAAAUAG